GGGAGGAGGACACCAGAAGAAUGAGACCACCACUGCAGGACAAGAACCUCCACGAGACAACCACUGCGAGAGAGCCGGCACCGCAAGAAUAAAGACCACCACUGCAGGACAGUGACAAGACCCUCCACUGCGAGAAAGCCAGUACCACAACAAUGAGACCACCACUGCAGGACAGUGACAAGACCCUCCACUGCGAGAAAGCCAGUACCACAACAAUGAGACCACCACUGCAGGACAGUGACAUGAACCUCCACUGCGAGAGAGCCGGCACCACAACAAUGAGACCACCACUGCAGGACAGUGACAAGACCCUCCACUGCAAGAGAGCCGGCACCACAACAAUGAGACCACCACUGCAGGACAGUGACAAGACCCUCCACUGCAAGAGAGCCGGCACCACAACAAUGAGACCACCACUGCAGGACAGUGACAUGAACCUCCACUGCAAGAGAGCCGGCACCACAACAAUGAGACCACCACUGCAGGACAGUGACAUGAACCUCCACUGCAAGAGAGCCGGCACCACAACAAUGAGACCACCACUGCAGGACAGUGACAAGUCCCUCCACUGCAAGAGAGCCGGCACCACAACAAUGAGACCACCACUGCAGGACAGUGACAUGAACCUCCACUGCGAGAGAGCCGGCACCACAACAAUGAGACCACCACUGCAGGACAGUGACAUGAACCUCCACUGCAAGAGAGCCGGCACCACAACAAUGAGACCACCACUAAAGGACAGUGACAAGUCCCUCCACUGCAAGAGAGCCGGCACCACAACAAUGAGACCACCACUGCAGGACAGUGAUGAGAACCUUCACUGCGAGAGAGCCGGCACCACAACAAUGAGACCACCACUGCAGGACAGUGACAUGAACCUCCACUGCAAGAGAGCCGGCACCACAACAAUGAGACCACCACUGCAGGACAGUGAUGAGAACCUUCACUGCGAGAGAGCCGGCACCACAACAAUGAGACCAUCACUAAAGGACAGUGAUGAGAACCUUCACUGCGAGAGAGCCGGCACCACAACAACGAGACCACCACUGCAGGACAGUGACAAGAACCUCCACUGCAAGAGAGUCAGCAUCACAACAAUGAGACCAUUACUGCAGGACAGUGACGAGAACCUCCAUGAGACAUCCACUGUAGGACUAUGAUGAGAGGGCAGGCACAACGGGACAGCCACUGCAGGACAACAAUGAAAGAGCCUCUUUGGGAUGAUGGCGAGAGAGAAGAGAACAGGUAGCACAAUGAGACAGCUGCUGCAGGAUGAGAGCUAUCACCUGGCACUGGGCGUCUAGAGAGCGCU